AUGGGGAGUCUGGGGAUGUCUGAAGGUGUCCACCGCCAAAUCCUGUUCACGACGGUGGGCUGGUUUGUUGGAUACCACCUCAUAAAACGUUCGGAGUAUAUACACGCCAAGCGGGACAGAGAGCUGUUGGAGUAUGUCAGGCAACAUCCCGAGGACUUUAAGAUACAAGAAAAGAAGAAAAUAGGAGAGCUUUUGGAGGAUUUCUAUCCCGUUCGCUGAGGAUUUCUUCAGCAGCUGCGAGCUUGUGUCACCAAACACAGAGCUCCCAA